ACACUACAGGCUGGGGGGUCAGUCCUCGAGGUGCUGGCUAUUUAUUUGGCAGUGAUGUGGUGGCACAGUUCAACGCAGCAAAUGAUAUCGACAUGAUUUGCCGGGCACAUCAGCUGGUCAUGGAGGGAUACAAAUGGCAUUUCAAUGAGACAGUUCUUACAGUGUGGUCAGCCCCCAACUAUUGCUACCGCUGUGGUAAUGUUGCAGCCAUCUUGGAACUGGAUGAACACCUUCAGAAGGAAUUUAUCAUCUUUGAAGCAGCCCCUCAAGAAACCCGAGGCAUCCCAUCUAAGAAGCCUGCUGCGGACUACUUCCUGUGAAUGCUGCUCCUCCCUCUUCCCCCUUGUGCAGCUUCUGUUUCCUAUUCUGGAUGGAGUGUUCAGCUUCUCUUUCAGCCUUUGGCAGGGGUUCAGCUCUCUUCUUUCCUUCUUUCCCUUACCCUGGCCCUUGCCCAAUAAAUUCUCAGUUCUGGACCCCUUAGACUGAAUUAACCAUCUUUUCCCAACAUUGCUGAUUCCUGGGCAAUCCCUAGGAUUACCAUAAUUGGCAUGUUCCCCCUCCCCCUGGGGGGAAAACACUUUUUAGGAUUUCUGCCUGUGGAAAACCCUGGAACUUUGUCAGCUCUUUCCAUGAAAAGAAGUAUCAGCCCAGGAAUGAAGAAAAGUUGUAGUUCUUUAAAGAUCUCUAGUUUUGUAGAGAAGUCACUGACUGAUUUCUUGAGCAACUCUUGAUUGGGCUUUUCUACUCAUGAAGCAGCAUUGUCCAAGCUGGUGCCCUCCAAAUGUAUUGGCCUAAGGCUCUUAUCAUCCUAGCCAACUUGGCCAUUCAGAAUUAGAUGGGAAUUGUACCAUAAUCAAAUCUGGAGGACACUAAUUUAGAGAAGGCUGUUUUAGAAGAACUGGAAAUUAUUGCUUAGAGAAUAUAUAUGUUACAAAGAACUGGAUUUCUUUGAAAGAAGGAGAAGCCAGAUUGAUCAAAGAAUAUAUGAUCUUGUUAGGGGAGCUAAUUAUCUGGUUUAAUUCCCCCCACCCCACCCUCCAGCUGGGUCACUUAGAUGCUUCCUUUUUUUCUUUUUUCUCUUUUCUCUUGUCAACUGAUCUUGGAACUCCAUGGUUUUGAUGCCACUCUGAAAGAUUUAAGUAAACAGGAAGUGCUUCAAACUUUUGCUGUUUUAGGUUGUUGGAAGACCUACAGUGUUGAGGAUUUUUGGCAUGUCAGUCUGUAAUUUGCUUCAGUUAUAUGGAAUAGAUUGAACUAAUAUAGGAAGUCCUUC